ACUCUCGGUGUUUUGGACAAACUAAACUUGUUGCCGACUACUGUGCUCGUUGCGAUUUGCAAGUUGCAUGCCUGUCGGCCUCUCCUCGCUGCCACUACCAGCUAGCUCUCGCAUUAUAAACAACAUACAGCCGCUGCAUGGCUCGGCGCCACCACCAUCACCCACCCAAAGGCCAAAGUCACCAGCCAACCAGCACUCGCUCAUCACCUCGAUCUAUUCAAGCAGCCAAGCACGGCAGAGAUGAGGCGUUGCGGCGGUCCCUCUUCGCCCGCUCCCGCUCCGGCCCUGCUGCUGCUCCUCCUCAUCUGCUUCUUCCACUGCGCGGCGGCGGCGGCUCGCCCCCUGCCGGCUGCUGCUGUUCCUCUGCAGGUUCACCAAGAGAAUGGAGUCAGGGUGGCUGCAGAUGAUGAGCCGGCGGUGCUUCAGAAAGGCGCCGCGGGGAGCGGCGAUGGGCUCUCACUUUCGGUCUCUGGGGUGACGGGAGCGGAGGAGGAUCCGGCGGCGGAGUGCGAGGAGGGGAACGAUGGGUGCCUGCAGAGGCGGCUGCUCCGGGACGCGCACCUCGACUACAUCUACACCCAGCACAAGGGCAAGCCGUGAACAGACGACGACCUGCAGUUAAAGAUCCUCAGCUCGGUUUGGUUCUUGGUUGGGAGAAGUAGGCACACGGAAUCUCAUCUAGUACAUCCACCUUCUGUUACCUUAUAAUUUUCUGCCACUAAUCAGUAUCGGUGAUCCAUCUAGAAUUAGAAUAUGCGUGUCACCUUCUCGUUUGUACAUCUUUCUUAGUCAUGUAUACUACUACAUGCUUGGUUACCACCAUUUUCUUCAAGGUUUUUUUUGCCAUCACA